AGCUCCUUAUCACGGCUGGAGGGGAAAAUGUGCCUCCGCUGCCUAUCGAGGACGCCGUGAAGAAAGAGCUGCCCUUCCUGAGCAAUGCUGUGCUGGUUGGUGACCGCAAGAAGUUCUUAUCCAUGUUGCUGACUUUAAAGUGCGUCGUCGAUCUGGAUACGUCGGAACCCACCGACUGCCUGACCCAAGAAGCUCGUGAUUUCUGCGAGAAGGUCGGCAGCAAGGCCACCAAGGCGUCCGAGAUCGUGAGGGAGCGCGAUCCGGCCGUGUACCGGGCCAUCCGGGAAGGCAUCGACCGCGUGAACGCACGUGCCGUCGCCAACGUCCAACGCGUUCAGAAAUGGGCUGUCUUGGAAAAGGAUUUUUCCAUUGCCGGUGGAGAAUUCG